ACCCUCCUUGUCCUGCUCCCCCCCCCCCUCCCCGGCUCUCUUCAUUCAAACAACCAUGACUGCUCUUGAACCAUCCUCCCUCCCGCUCCCAGAUCAGGUUCCUGAGGAGGUCGAUGCUUGGACGGCUUUCGGCGAGGUCGUGGCGGACCAAGUUUCUGCAGAUUGCAACGCCUUCAUCAUCGUUGACAACUCAGAGGAUGGCUUUCCCAUUGUAUUCGCCUCGCCCGCCAUGUGCAAGCUGAUGGGCACAAACAACCUCGUCGGUCGAUCCCUCGACGUUUUCUGCGGGGAGCUGACGGACUGUGACGACCUGGCUCAGCUUAGAGGUGCUCUUUCGGGCCGGGACAUGAAGUCUUGCUGCCUUGCUAGCUACAACAUCGAUGGCAAGAUGUUUUGGAACCACGUCGUCAUGCAACCUGGUCUUGCCUACGAGCUGCCCUUCUCCUACAUCGCAAGCCAUGACGUGUCGGACAUCUUUGAUAGCGUGGACGAGAACAGCAGUGUGAGCCAGCACCCCGAAGCCGACAGGAUCCACUCCGCGCAGGUCCAGAACGGCCAUGUGGCUAUGAGCAUGGUGCGGAUGAUGGUGUAUGGCGAGGAUGAGCAGGGGCAGCCCGAGCAGGAGGAAGUGGCCACUGCUGUGGAGCAGCGCGGCUCGUCCCCUCUCGUGCAGAUGGACUUCGACGAGCUUUCAGCUGACCUGCUGGUGACUGAGGCUCCGGUGGAGGAGCUGCUGCCAGUGCAGGAGCCUGUCCUGUCCACUUCUCCGCGCGAGAAGGUCGAUGAAGUGUCCAGCGCAAGCAGCGCCAGUGUGGAGGCUUCAGUGUAG